CCUGCAACUGGUAGUUAACCGAAACAAAAAAAUGGGUUCACUGUUGCCGUUAGAUGGCCCUAGAAUAGUAGAUUAUUCAGAUCUGACAACAUCUGACGGUGGAAAGAAGUUUCAGUAUUUGGAACCGUUUAAAUUUUAAACUUCGCAAUCAGAUUUUUCGUUCACGAUGUGUUCCAUUUAGGUUAGGGUCUCGUGGAUUGCGAUGUAUCUGUUGAUCACCUGGACUCUGUUUCUGAGCUAUGGAGCAGUUUAUCAAGGUUAGAUUUGGAGAUGCUCCUUGCGACUCGUUUAGUGUGGAUGUUGAUGACAAUGGAAAAUUGGGGAUUGACAUAUUGGGUUUAAGGACAAAGAUCCUCAGUCGCUUAAAAUUACCUCCUGAUGCUGAUCUUGUCCUGACAUAUUAUGAUCUAGAAGGUGAUGUGGUAGCACUUCAUGAAGAUGGUGAUCUGCAUGCAGUGAUGGAAAGGCGUCCGGAAUUUUUGAGCAUCUGUGUACAAAUGAGGCUUAAAAAGAAGAAGAGAAGAAGAAGGCAGGAGGAGGACCAGACAACAUAUUUAAAACUCAGUGAGGCAAUGGAGUGUUUAGAACACAUAUGCACAAGAGGGUGCACAAUUGUUAGGCCGUAUGACAUGGAGCCAACUAAAAUGAAGGGACCCUGUAGCAAGUUCUCCACAUGUAAAGGUGUCCAGCUCUUGAUUCAUCAUUUUGCCAUGUGUAAGAAGAGGGUAAAUGACGGGUGCUUAAGAUGCAAGCGGUUGUGGCAGCUUCUAAGAUUGCACUCAUCAAUCUGUGACCGGCCUGAUUCGUGCAGAGUUCCUCUUUGCAGGAAAAAAAGGGACUACAUAAUCCGAAUAUUACAAUAGACCACAGACAAUUCAUUGUCAACACGAGUUUGGCACUAUCUGGUUUGGAUAUAGUAGGCUUAUUCUCUUUUUCUGCUUGGGAGCUCAAGUGUUUUAUAACCUUCAUUAGUAGGUACAACUCCAUUUUAUGAACUAGAGGUGACUUUUGUGGGUUUGGAGAGUCAGACCUGUACAUCUAAAGAGUCUCGUCAUACAUGUAAUGCAUUGUACCUAUGCUUUAAAAAAUACAUGAUUUUGGGUCUCGGAAGUCCGCCUGCAAGUCUUUUUCUAGUGAACUAUGUCCCAUUGAUUGUCGUUGACAUGGUGUUCUUUUUAUCUGCAAUGGCAAUCGCAUGGAAUGCGGCAUUAUUUGCAU